AUGAACCCCCCCGAACCCCCCUGCUUCCCUGAGACGCCUGAGGAGCUCGCUGCUAGCUAUUCCCAGAAACUUGAGGAAAACUUCAUCGCAUCCCAAGACCACGAACAGUCCCUACGAAUCCAGGUCAAGGAGAGAGAGGCCGUUAUCCAAUACCAGAAGGAGCAGUUAGCAGCCGACCAGAAACAGAUCACCCAACUCGAGAUUGAAAAGACUCAGCUCGCCACAGCGGCUACACCUGCGGUACUAACGACCCCCGCUGUCACUUUGUUCCCCCCCACCCCUGCUGCCAUUGCUAAGGCCACCGCAGACGACCCAGCGGGACCGCCUGCGCCUGCUACUCCCCCAAGUUCCCGAACUCCCAGCCUCAGUGAGAGAAUACCUGACCCAAAGGAAUUUGAUGGAACU